UUGAAUUUGAGCUGGGUCGCUGCAAAGAUUUGGUUUUUAUCUAAACGAUCAGAGCGGACUUGUCUCAUGGGACUGUGUGUGUUUUACGACUACGAGGAAGCCACCUCUCAGAAAGACAGCAACUUUGCCCUGUAGACAGUCUCUGGGGUCAAAUGUUCUUUAGCUAUUUGAUCUGCAUCAAUUCAUGUUGGAUUAAUUUUUAUUUUGGAGAAAUAUGUUCCUCUGGUUCCUUUGGUGGCCAUGGUUUUUUUGCAGAGCCAUUUAUGCAAUUCUCGGCUUGGCUUUCUGAAAGAGUUCAUCUGACUAGCCCGAGAUAGAGUUGAGUUGAGCUCGAACCGAUCCUCAAAUGGAAUUUUCUCGCCUCUCGUUGUUCGUCCUCUUAGCUUCUCUUCCUGCAGUUUUGUGUCAUCGAGUUACGCUUAUAGUUGAUGGCACCAAAACGAUUGCCGAAACGGAUGAGGAUUUCAUCUGUGCAACUCUCGAUUGGUGGCCUCACGACAAGUGCAACUACAAUAUAUGCCCGUGGGGAUACACAUCUGUCUUAAACUUGAAUCUGUCCCAUCCUUUUCUUGCACACGUGAUCCAAGCUUUCAAGAAUUUAAGGAUCAGGAUUGGGGGUUCUCUUCAAGACCAAGUAGAGUACGAUAUUGGAAAGCUCAGGUUUCCAUGCCACCCGUUCCGGAAGGACAGAAGUGGCCUUUUUGGCUUCUCUAGGAGCUGCUUACGCAUGAGCCGGUGGGAUGAACUAAAUCAUCUGUUCAGCAAAACCGGGGCCCGCGUGACUUUCGGCUUAAAUGCACUCUAUGGAAGGCGCCAACUCAGAAAGGGUGUUUGGGGAGGAGAUUGGGACUCCACCAACGCUUAUGAGUUUAUGAAAUACACAGUUGCGAAAGGAUACCCUGUAGAUUCCUGGGAAUUUGGCAAUGAGCUCAGUGGGAGUGGAAUCGGAGCGAGUGUUGGGGCAGAACAGUAUGGGAAAGACUUGAUUGCCCUUAAAGGUAUCAUUGAUCAGAUAUACAAGAAUCAUGAUCCGAAGCCUUCAGUCAUAGCACCGGGAGGGUUCUUUGAUCAAGAUUGGUAUGCAAGGCUUCUGCAGGUUUCGGGAUCAGGCGUGAUUGAUUUCAUGACACAUCAUAUAUACAAUCUCGGUCCAGGUUCUGAUCCGAAUCUCAUUAGCAAGAUAUUGGACCCUAACUACUUGAACCGGAUAUCAGACACAUUCAGCAAACUCAAAGAGACCAUCCGGAAGAAUGGCCCGUGGGCAUCUCCAUGGGUUGGUGAGUCGGGCGGAGCUUAUAACAGCGGCGGACUGGGGGUUUCCAAUACCUUUGUGAACAGCUUUUGGUACUUGGAUCAGCUUGGAAUGGCAGCAAAAUACAGCACUAAGGUUUAUUGCCGGCAGAGUCUGAUCGGCGGGAACUAUGGUCUGCUUAACACCACCACUUUCAUCCCUAACCCAGAUUAUUACAGUGCACUUCUAUGGAAUCGGCUUAUGGGCAAAGGCGUUCUCUCUAUAGACAUUGACUCUCCAUCCCCUUUGCGGAGUUAUGCCCAUUGCUCAAGAGGAAGAGAAGGUGUAACUCUGCUUCUGAUCAACUUCAGCAAUGAGACCAACUAUAAGAUCAGCGUCCGGAACAGGAUGAACUUAAGAUUGAGAAUCAAGGAGUCGAUGGAUAACAGAGAGAGCAUUAUUCUUAGAGGCCUGAAAAAGAUGGUCUCUUUCAUCGGGAUAGGAGCAUCAGAGGCAUCACUGAAGAGAGAAGAGUACCAUUUGACUCCGAGAGAUGGUUUUCUGCAGAGCCAAACAAUGCUUUUGAACGGGACUCCUUUGGAUCUCACCGAAGACGGGAAGAUUCCGACUUUGGAGCCAUCACUUGUUGGUGUGAAUUCUCCCAUCUCCAUUGCUCCUCUGUCCAUUGCUUUCGUCGUUCUUCCUAAUUUUGAUGCUCCAUCCUGUGUUUGAUGGGUCAUCAUUUUGUCUUUCAAUUUAUAUUUUGGUUGUUCCUGUUCUUUUAGAUAUUCAACUGAAGAUAGAUGUAUUGCUCCGUGCCAUUGUAAUUAGUAAAUAUCCCUACAAGAUGCUCUAUACAUGCAAGUUGAAUAAAAUUUGAUAUCAA